AUGUCGCAAAGAAUAAAAUUGUUUAUAUGGAAAUGUAUGAACAGUGUCCUACCAAUGAAUCAGAUUCUUUCAUGUUAUAUGCCUGAUGUAGAUGAAAAUUGCAUAUUUUGUCAUGAUCAUAUUGAAACUUUAGAACAUCUUCUCUUUGAAUGUGUGUAUGCUAAAUCAGUACGGAACCUCCCUCCUUUCUCAGGGGGAGUUAAUAAAAACACUAUGCUUUUGUCAUCUAAGGAACACUAUAACCAAUGGCAGGUAGGAGGAGACAUUUCGACUGAGACAAGUGCAACUAAGUGCUGGUUCAUAUGGAAGGAAAGGUGCAACAGAGUAUUUGAAGCAAAAGCUACAUCCUCGCUACAACUUUCAAUCAUAAAUCAAAGACACGUGAACUAUUGGAGCACUACUCAAGGAAAUAUGGACCAACAAACAAGUUGUACUAACUCAGUAGCACAACAAAGUGUCCCCUGGAAGUUACCAGAUUCUAAGUGCGACAAGAUUAAUUAUGAUGCCUCUUGGGUAUCAGAUGUUAAUAAUGCUAGUUAUGGACUAAUUAUGAGGAAUGAUGCAGGUGAUGGAAAGGCAGGAAAGUCUAGAAUCAUUGAAGCUUCAAGCCCUGAAAAAGCUGAAGCUCUAGCUCUUCUACAGGGUGCUAGAGGGCCAAAAAUGAAGACAUGUCUAGUUUCUGGUUGGAGGAUGGCCGUGAAAGAUCGAACUGACAAUUCAAUGGAUGACAGAUUAGCGGUGGAAGCGAGUAAUCUUCAAUUUUUAGUUUUUAGUUUUUGGGAAGAAGAUAUGCUUCCUUCUUUGAUAAUCUUAUUAGUUUGA